AUGCUUAUGGUUUUAGAGAAACCGUAUCCACCGACUGACUUCGAGCAUAUCAAAGGUCUAAGUACAGAAUCCUCAUUCACUGUGAGAUGGAGGCCGGGUUUAGACGGUGGACGGGCUCAGACAUUCAUCCUGAGAUACAGGAUAACUUCAGUUCAAUCAUGGAUCAAUGUUUCUAUUCCGGACAAUGGCGAAGAGUUUAUGAACUUUACACUUAGUGGUUUGAAAAGUGGUUCUGAGUACGAAAUUGUGAUAUAUUCAGUCAAUAGUCUCGGACAAUCAGCUCUCUCGGAUAGACUUCGCAUUAGAACAAAUGAAACUAUUCUUGGUGUCUCCAAAACGACUGAACUACCAGUCACCGGUAUAAUUAUGGGAACACUUGCAGCGUUGAUACUCAUUGUAAUUUUGGUCGUGGUGGUGACCAUUAAAGAGAGGGGAAGACUGGUUAAAUCAAGCCCGAACUGGCAACCACCUACAAGUAAUCUUAUUGAAAAUGUAGAGGGAAACGAGAACAAAAUCAGUGAAAUAUCUUUAAAAGUGAAUCCACACCUAUCAGGCACUGCAGAUGCUCCAUGUAAAACAAAAGAAGAGGAGUCCAACGCAGACAGCGAAGUAUCAAACAAGCCUGGAACAGAGUAUGACGAAAUCAAUCAUGAUGAAAUGAUGAAGUCACGAUCGCAGAAGUAUGAACCAAUAACAAAAGGAAAAGGUUCUGUCCAUGCAUACCAGGCACUUGAUGCACCAAUCACUAAACGCCAAGUACGUUAUGUCAAGGACAAGACGGUAAUCCAAAAAGCUGUUCCAGAUGUAGGUGUUGAUAAGGGUGAACGUCAAAAGUACGAAUCAGUAAAGAAAGAACCAGGCCCGACGUGUGAAGCAAAUGACAGGGACUCUGUAAGAGAGGAUACAGACAAUAAAAAUUUACAAAUGCACGGAGAAGGAAUCAACGAUGGAACAACUUGUACGUUGGAACACUACGUAAAUCUGCCGUAGAUAAACGAAAUUAAAUUAAGUUACCGUAUCUAAAUAGAUAAAAACAGUAUAUAGUGUUACUAUUAAAUAUAAUAUUUUAUAAGAUUUCAUGCAGGUGUUAGGGUGCUGCAAUAAGCGUCCAAAAUCACUAUAAAAAUUCUGCAUCUAUACAUACUGUACAUUUGUGUUUUAAAGAUUGAAAGGAAAUAUAAUGGAUUUUAAGAAACA